UAGUUUCAUGAAUGAAAAUGAAGUUGAAUAGGCGCCUACACGAAUGUACUAGUUAAUUCUGAUUGGUCGAAAAUGGCGGGUACAUUGUCAUCCUUUUAGAUUCGGUGAUCUAGGAUCUUAACAGCUGAUCGCACGCGGUCAAAGAAUUUUAGGUUAGAAUAGAAACGUUGCGCUUUAUAUAUAUUUUAUUGUGCGUGCGUUAUUAUUUUUAUAUUUUAAAUAAUGGAGGAAGAAGAAGGAAAAUGUCAAGAUGAUGAAGAAAGAGAAUUUUAUUUCGAAUCAGAUCAUUUGGCAUUAAAGGGUAAUAAGAAUUAUACUGCUCUGUUAAAAACCAUUGUUAUAUUGGAAGCACAAAGGACACAGGCUAUUGAGGAUCUAGAUAAACUUUUAGCUGCUCGUUCUAAAGCUAUGAAAGAUCCAAUAUCAUUUGUAGCGCAAUUACAAAGUGGCGACUUGCCAGAGUUACCAAGUCCGCAAAAGAUCGCUGAUAUUCCUUAUAUCGAUUGGGCACAAUAUAACAUAGCACUGCCUGACACACGUAUGAGGCCACAAACAAGGCAUGGACAUAUACUUCCACAAACACAAAUUAAGACUGAUCAAGAAAAUGGAAAGAUUUUAGUAAGAGGACGUGCUUUCGAUGAGAGCAAGCCGGAAACUUUUAAUCAAUUGUGGACUAUAGAAGAGCAAAGACGUUUAGAAGAAUUGUUGAUAGAGUUCCCACCGGAAGAGGUUGAAAUGCGACGGUGGACUAAAAUUGCUAAUGCUUUAGGCAAUCGAACUCCAAAACAAGUAUCCAGUAGAGUACAGAAAUAUUUUAUUAAAUUAUUGAGGGCUGGCUUACCGAUACCAGGCAGAGGACCAAAAGUAAAAUUCGAUGUUAAGAAAGGUUUUAAUCAUCGUCAUCAACGAAAUAAUUAUAUGCUGUUUAAACGUUCGACUUUUUUCCCACAUCAAGAUUUGUCUUUUGUUACAAAUGAAGAAAGCAAAGAACAACCAAUUAUUGAAGAAUCCGAGGAUGAUAUUGGAAAUAUUUGCACAGAUGAUAAUUCGGAGUUGAGACAGAUAGAACUAGUAAGACAAGUUAAGACAGAAAAAGAACAUGAGUCAUACCCUGUGUACAAACAUGUUGGAUAUAAGUGCAUAGUAUGUGGAGAGGAACCAUUAAAAGGUACAAGAUGGCAUUGUUUAGAAUGUCAAAAUGGGAUAGAUUUAUGUGGUGAUUGUGCUGUGGCUCAAAUAGAAGCUGAAAAUCCUACACACGAUCCAUUACACAAGUUAAUUCCCAUAAAACAAUCUCAGUAUAGUCAAAGCUAUGAUUUAGAUUAUUUUCCACAAAGUUUUAACAAUUCUUCUUAUAAUUAUCUUGACCCUAAUUUUUUACCCGAAUAACAACAUAAUGUACAUAAAUUUUUAUAACACUUUCAAGUCAGUACAAACAGUUUUAUAUGAAAUAAUUUAUUAAAAUAAGUACAUAUUAUUAAUAUUCUUUUGGAAACAUUGAAUUUAUUUUUUCUCGAAAUUGACUGAAUGUAUCAUCUUUUAUACUUUGUCGUAUGGCGUUAAAGAACUCUAAAUAGUGAUGCGUAUUGUGUCUAAAAUAAUAAAAAAUUAAUAUUUGAGAUAUCA